AUGGCGCAACCCAAUCCCAGCAACAGCGUCCCCCAGGACCUUAUGCCACACGUCCACCUCAUCUCGUCGUACCGAUACCCAGCGAUCCCCCGGCUCGACUUCAACGAGGUUGCCAAGUGGCUCAUGGCUGCCCCUCAGAUCGCCAGAGACCAGGCGCCUUUCUUCUGGACGUAUCUCGACAAGCCCGCUGACGGCACCAUCCUGUUGACAUGGCAGCCCCUCUCGCGGCUGGGGACCAACUUCGCCACGGAUGGCUUCGUCUGGGCGCCGCCCGAGCAAAUCUACAAGCAUGACCUGGGCAAUGGAUUGAUGCUCGAGAUAUACUACCUCAAGGCCGGAUAUAUCCCCGGCGAGCAGUUCGCCCUCCACGCUCGAAGGCGGUUCCGACUCGUUCCCGUCCCCGGACACCCCAACCCCCCGCAGCCAGAUCCCAACCUGUUCAUUGUGCACUACGGCCCCGCGGAGAUGAACGAUCGUAUCCCCGUCGCCAUGAUCCCGUACGACGAUCGGGUGAACCAGAUCAUGCAACAGCGCCACUUCCUUCAAAGAGCAGGCCAGAUCCGCCGCAAGGAGUUCAUGCUGUCAGACAGGGUCAACUGGCCCUCGCUGCCAGAGCUCACUCGUCAGCAGAUGGGGCCCCAGAUGAAUCCUCGAGGCGUGCCUCAGCAGAUGGCAUACCCUGCUCAGCCGCCGGCACCGGGUCCCCCCCCAAAGAGGGUUCGCCAUAACCAGGCUCAGGCCCAGGCCCAGGCUCAGCAAGCCGCGCUGCCGCCGGGGAUGCCGCCCGUCGACGCUGCCUUUGACGAUGACGAGGACAUUUCGAGGGGAGACAUGUUUGAUCACUUGACACCGAGGGAGAUUUCCAUGAGCCGUUACCAGCAGAACCACGAGUGGAUGGAGGAGAUUCUCUCUUCUGCGUACAGGAUAGGCCAGAUCACGCCAGCAGACCUGGGGCUGGGCCUCAAGGGCGAGCUGGCGUCCCUGACAGAGGGCAUCUUCACUGCUCAGGGUGGCGAGGCAUACAGCCAGGCCCCUGAGAAGGCAUAUAUCGGGCGUCUGGACCCUGGACAAGCGGAUGAGUUCCGCAAGCGCGUCGACAACUAUGUCAGCUCGACCGAGGCCGAGAUGCGGAAAAUGGAAGAGGAGCAUCAGAAGGCAAUGGCUGCGCUGAGGGAACACUCGCUGCUCAAGACAAAGGAGAGGGAGCUGAGGUCCAUCAUGGACGGGCCUCACUCAAAACACCAGUCCGAGGAGGAGCCCACCGGCCGUCAUCAUGUUUCCAAGCACUCCAUCGAUCAGAUCGUGCAAGAGGUCGAGGCAUCGCUGGGCCGAAAGAUUGUCAGCCUGCCGCUCUCCAAGCGCAUCCAGGAUGGCGGCUACCAAGCCCCUGCCCCUGAGCCUCCCGCCCCGGGCUCAACAGCGGAGCUCUCGCGGCAGCCGUCGCGGGCGGGCUCUCAAGCAAGCGGCGCACUGAUGGGCGAAACCGACAUGGACAUGGGUGACACGGCAUCCGGACUGCUGGACCAGAUGCACACUGGCUUCUCCGCAGCAUCGACGCCGGUGAACAACUUCCCGACGCCCCAAGCCCAUCCAUCUGCUGACGGCGACGAAGCUAAAGCAUCAACACCGGCAGCGACCACGAAAGCGCCCUCAGCAGCAGCCACUCCCGCGGUCACGGAGGGAGGUUCUGUGUCCUUUGACCAAAACGACUUUAGCUCCCUCGGCGACCUGGACACGGCAGGCGAUGCUCUGGCGGGAUACGACGCCCCUGAGCUCGACGGCUCGGCGGGCGGACUCGGCGACGGUCUGGAUCUGCAGAUGGACAUGGAGGACUCGGCGUUUGGAGAUGCCUUUCACGGCGUUGACGCUUCUCAUACCCCCGGGGAUGGACAAAACCAGGAUGGCAUGUAA